AUGGAUAACAACGAAGAUUUAGAGACAUGCGAUUUUGCGAAUAUUUCGGAUAUUACUCCAGAAGCAGCUCUGGAACCAGAGGAAAUGGGAAUCCUUCCACCAAAUCAUCCCCUCUUAAGGAAGUUCCAACAAUCAUUAAAGGAACAUCUAUUGCGUACAAAGCAUAAGCUAGAAAAUGAGAUAACGGACAUUAAAUAUCAAGUUAAGGCCAAGGAAGAACGCAGAGAGGAACAGGGAUUGGCAUUAUAUGAUAUGCAAAAUAAAAUUGGUUACCAAGAGCAACAGAUCAAGGAAAUAUCAUCUCAAAUUGAUGAGCAUAUUGAAAAGCGUCAAAAGGAAGAAGCCGCUGUGGAAAUCAUUAAAAAGGAAUAUGAAGAAAAAAUCAAGCUCACAAGAGCACAAAAAUCGCUAUAUAACACCCGAAUGAUGGAAUUAGAAGAUCUGCAAAGUCUGGGAAGUAACAUACGAAAAUGGGCCUACGAUGUGGAAGAUGAGGUUAAGAAUGCAAAGCGUAUUGUCAGCAGAGAUGCACAAUUGCAGAAGCAACUGUCGGAGGAAAAGAGAAAAUCUGAUAUUCUCUUUUAUCGUUUGGAUAUGGAAGUCAAGAAAAAGGAAGCUGAGCUAGAGUCAAUUAUCGAAGAUGAGGCUGCAAUAAAAGAGGUGGUAAAUGUACUUAAUAUGAGCAUUUCAGAUGCAAAUACCGACUUGGAAGCACUUCAAAAUGAGCACAAGAGAUUGGUACAAGCCUGGAGUGAGGUUAUCAUAGCGAUUCAACUCAGAGAUAAAAUUCUAUUUCAAGUUCAAGACAACAUUCGAAAGCAAAAGGAGUCUAUAAAACUGAAUUCCAAUGGAAUAGAAGCUGUAAAAAAGCAAAUUGCACGAGAGAUGGAACUAAAUAAAAAACUUGAAGCAUUCAGACAAAGAAUGACUGAUGACAUGAACACUCUUAGUCGAGACUGUCAACGUGAAGUCGAAACACUUAUGGGGCUGCAAACAAAACUCGAUGAAUUUCCAGAAUUCUUAUCGCGAACUGAAACUGAUUUACAAGAAGCCACGCGUGAAGGAACAAAAUUACUUUCAGAAAUUCGUCGACUUGACUUUACAUUGGAUAAGAAUCAUCAGAAGAAAUUUAAAACUGAAGAAGCUAUACUAAAGCUUGCUCAAGACCAUCUUAUUACUGACAAAGCUAGUGCCUAUCGCUUAAAAUUAUUGAAUAAAGCACAAGAACAACGCCGAACCGUUGACUUAUCUCUAUCGAAAGUUCAAAAUCAGUUAGCUCUGGCAAUGCUUGAUGUUGAACAAUUGCGAAGCAAACUCUUCAAAUCAAGAAGUGAGAAUGAUAAUGUAAAAGAGAGUCUUAACAAAGCGGAAGAUAAGUCCAAUUCUUAUGAAGACGACCUCAGGAAAAUGCAAACUAAAAUUGAAAUCAAAAUGAAACGAUUUGAAAAGUUAAAUAGUCAAAUAGAAGAGAUCCAAAGUGCAUAUGGAGAAGAUACUGGAAGUCCAACCGAAUUAAAGAUUAAACAAAUAGAGAAAUCUAUUCAUGUCGGCGAGCAUCAAAUUAGGGAACAUCAACAGUUUUGGAUAAUGCUUCAGAACCAUUAUGUCAAUUUGACCCAUAAAAGAAGUGAGCAGUUACAUGAAAUUCAGGUGACUCGGAAACAAUUGUCAAUCAUUAAGCAGAAGUCGCUUAAAGUGGAUCAACAGCUAGAGAUGUCGGAAAAUAAGACAAGGGAUCUAAAACUAGAUAUUCAGAAAUACACUUCAAAACUGGAACUUCUCAACGAGAAAAUAUACAAUAAACGGAAGCAUCAUGAUGUAGAAGAAAGUGAAUACGAGCACGAACAAGCUGAACUUAGUCAAAAACUCAAGGAUACCGAAAUCAGCACAUUAAAGUUGGAAAAAGACAUUAAUGAUUUGCAAAAUGAAAUAGAAUUAAACAAGGAUUUGGUUCUUGACAACCACAGAGAAGCUUUGUCCUGGGAAACAAAACACAAACUGAUCGAGGAAACAAUUGAUUGGACUAAAACCGAGAAAUCAUUAAAUGGAGAAAUUGGUGCAAUGAAAAUAGAAAUUCAUAGAAUGAAUAUUCGUUUCAGUCAAUUGAAGCGUGCACAGGAGAAAUUAGUUCAAGACUUGGAACAUUGUGUAAUGCAUCGCGAACAAAUCUUUGUAAAUGCAACAGUCAAAGAACAUAUUGAUGCAAAGAAAAAAAAAUUUAAGAACCCAUCACAGGCCCUGGUUAAACUCGAAGAACUACGUAAUAAAACAAAGGUCAUUCAAAAUGAGAUAGUAUUUCUAUCCGAAAAGCGUUCAGUUGAUUCUGUCAGCAAUAUAGAGCGUAUGAUGUACCUGCUUCGAAAGAUUCAAAAUGAUCUUACGGAAGUUACAAACAAAGAUGCCAGCAUCCAAGCUCAAAUUGAGGAUGGUAUUCUAUCGAAACAUGCAAAUCUAGAACAAAUCAUUCGCAAACAAAAUCGCGCAAAGGCAUUCCGUAAACUAAGCAGCUCAAAGGGACAACAGAAAAUUGUGAGACCAGAAAACGUCAUUCAACAACAGUUUGAUAGCCAAAUUGAAAUGAACGACACUCUGAUGGAAAUUAUUCAGACUUUAGCAAACGAUUAUCCCGAAAAGAAAUCAUUCUUCACGAAAAUUGUUCACUUUUUAAAAGAGUAAAUUCUAAAAAUUAAUAAAUAUGUCAUUCUUGAAAUCUUGUUA